AGGUUUCUUGAACUAGGUUAUUGGAUUCUAUAACCUAGAAAUUUGGGUUAACCUAGAUUUGGGUUUCAUGGAACCUAGCAAUUUGGGUUCGAUAGAACCUAGAUCUAGGUUCCAUCAAAUCCAAAACCUCAAUUCGCAUGGAAAGGAAGUAGCAAGAAGAGAGAGAAAGGAAGGAGGGGGAAGAGAGGGAAAGGGAGAGGGAGAGGGAGGAGAAAGAUGUGCUUGAAUCCAUACUGGAGAUGCGAAGGUGACGGGUUACAUGAGGAAGAAGAAGAAGAGGACGAAGGAGGUGAGGAAGAUAUGCGUUGGAAAAGGAAGGAAGGAAGGUUUGGCGAUUCCUUGAAUAGGAAUAUGUUUGUUUCUUUAUUCUGCACUCUGAAACGGGUGUCUAGUGAAGUGAAGAAAUGGCGUCCUGCUGGGGCUGAUCGGGGGUUUACGUUUCUUCAGCAUAAUCUCACCAUUGCAUAUCAUCGAACCAAUCUUUUGGUCCGUUACGGUGGAGAGGUUCCAGACGGGACAAUUAAAUUUUUUCGCACGCAAUCACCUAGGCAUUUUGGAGGAGGUGACUGGAACCAAGGUGGUUCUUGCCAACGGUUACAACCUAUGUUGCCUCAGCAAGUUGAAGAACUCUUCUCGCUAAAGAAUAAUGGGACAAAUGUGGAGGCACGCAUGGUGAAUGAACACCUAUACAAGGCCCUUGAGGAGUCUAAUUUGCAUGUUUUAGACAUCACCCGCAUGAGUGAGUUCGGAGCAGAUGCCCAUCCGGCCACCGCUGGUGGAAAGAAACACGACGAUUGCAUGCACUGGUGCCUACCAGGAAUUACAGAUACUUGGAAUGACUUGUUUGUAACCCAUUUGAAUGAUCUCAAGAUUAGAAAUUGAUACACCACUAAUAAUAUCCUUCAUGAAAUUGUUUUCUCCCACUGUUUUGAAGCCCUUCGUCUCAAUCUAUUAGAAACUGUAUUCUACAAUUAAAAUUUUAGAUUCUCU